UGCGAUUCAUGAAAGGCUUUCGGCCCAGCACGAAACACUGUUUGCCCAAAUGUUCCAAUGCGCGCACCCCCAUGGAUAGAACUCACUAGGGCCCCCCUACACAUACACAAAUUCCCACAUAACUUUCUCUGACACACAGUCACACCCGGAGGAGCCUGGACAUACAGUUUGAAACUAGAACUUUCUCUGAGGUGGAAUGCUCUUUUUACCUCAAUCGACAGGAAUCUACUGCUGCUUCCUGCUCAUUAUGUUUCUCAAUGUUGAAUUUCAUGGACCUGGGAUCUGGCUAUCUGUUGACCAAAACGUGUAGACGAACAACAAGACACCGACCAAGAGAGAGAAAGGAUGAUGGGGCAGUUACGGAAUACAGAGGAUGGGGGUAUAGUGGAAGGGUUCAAUGCAGAAGAGUUAGAGUGUAAGAUCUGCUACUGUGUCUAUAGCCUUGGGGGGAGGCGGCCCAAGGUACUUGAGUGUUGCCAUCGUCUGUGCGCCAAGUGUCUGACCAAGAUUUUAGACCUUGGUGAGUCACCCCCGAAUGCUGUGGUGUGCCCAUUUUGUCGCUACAUCACCGGUUUGCCUGGGGAGGUGGUGAGCAGUCUACCGGAUGACUGCAACCUGGUAGCAGCACUUUCCCUCCAGAACCGGAACCAGAGGAACAUCCACUACCACCAUGAUAGCCCCACUGAGCUGGUCCUUAGCCCCAGGCAACUGAGCUCGCUGAUGGGAAGCAAUCCCAGUGCAUCCCCCUCCUUGUCUACCUCGACUACUUACUCUUCAAUCCGUGGCUCGCCUAACUUUGUGGUCAUCACCAUCAUGGAGCACCCUCCUCCAUCGCCCCAAGAUCAUGUACUUCACCUGCCCCUCUCUCACCCCCCAGGAGUGGCCACAAUCCAGGGCAGGGAUUACCGUUCCGCCAGCCUGGACUCCAUGGCGUCCGUCACCCAGAGGUGCACAGUGUGGAACUGCGCUGCCCUCCUGUGUCAGACCUCGGCAAGGGCGCUGGUGUGGGUCUUAGGACUGCUCUACUUCAGCUCCUUGCCAAUGGGAGUCUACUUGCUCAUUAUGCAGAAGACAAUUCUAGGGGUGCUCUUGGUUAGCCUAGUCCCCUCUAGCCUUGUUUUGAUCAUGGUCUAUGGCUUCUGUCAGUGCAUUUGUCAUGAGUUCUGGGACUGCAUGCCCACAUAGAACCAUCCUUGUGUAGGUGGGCUGAAAAGAAAUCACCAGAUCUUUAAAUAUAUUUUUCAAAUUGAAUGACAUUGACAAGGGUCACAUGAGAACUGUAAAAUGUUUCUUUUCUUAAAUUUGUAUUCUUUAAUUAUAAUC